CUGCAGAUAUUGCUGUAUAGAAGAUGCACUAUUACCGAUACUCUAAUCCUGAAAUCAGCUGUUGGUACAAAUAUCUGCUUUUCAGCUAUAACAUCAUCUUCUGGCUAGCUGGAGUUGCUUUCCUUGCAGCCGGGCUUUGGGCAUGGAGUGAAAAGGGUGUGUUAUCUGAUCUCACAAAAGUAACUCGUCUCCAUGGCUUUGACCCAGUGGUACUUGUGUUGGUGGUCGGGGGAGUGAUGUUCGUUCUGGGAUUCGCUGGCUGCAUAGGAGCACUGAGAGAAAACAUCUGCCUUCUGAAGUUUUUCUGUGGAGCAAUCGUACUUAUAUUUAUGUUGGAGCUGGCAGUGGCAGUGCUGGCGUUCUUGUUCCAGGACUGGGUGAGAGACCGGUUCAAGGAAUUCUUUGAGAAUAACAUUAAGUCCUACCGAGAUGACAUUGACUUGCAGAAUCUCAUUGACUCACUGCAGAGAAUUAACCAUUGCUGUGGUGCUCAGGGGCCAAAUGACUGGGAUCUCAACAUCUACUUCAACUGCAGCACCGAAAGUAAAAGUCGUGAGAAAUGUGGAGUCCCCUUUUCCUGCUGUGUGCCUGAUCCCGCUCAAAAGGUUGUGAAUACACAGUGUGGAUAUGACGUCAGAGCAUUGAAUAAAAACCAAUGGGACAACUCAAUUUUCACCAAGGGUUGUAUCCCUGCCCUUGAAGCUUGGCUGCCCCGGAACAUCUACAUUGUUGCAGGAGCCUUCAUAGCUAUUUCAUUGCUACAGAUAUUUGGGAUUUUCCUGGCCAGGUCAUUGAUUUCGGAUAUUGAAGUUGUAAAGGCAGGUCAUCAUUUCUGAAGA